UUAAUGAUCCAGCACAUUAAAAAAUAAUAAUUGGAACGAUAAAUCAUAAAAGUAAUUUAAAAAGUCUUUCGAAGAUGAGGCAUGUAACGCCCCCCUAGUAACGCCUGCGCUGCACCUGACCCUGCAGGUGAAAUGAGAUAUCAUGGUAUUCUGGGGUUGUCUUGGAAAGAGCUGACGUCUAGCGUAGUGACACAUAACUAGUUGAGUUUCGGUUUGACUACACCUUGUAGAUAUUCUGUUUUUGCACUGAUAUUCAGUUGGCUUCUGUUGGCCCGUUGGUUCGACGAUGUGAACAGAAUCAUAAUAAAGGAAUUUACAGAUUAUUUGCGGUCAGUUUUGUUAAAGCUUACAUUGGAGUCCUUGAUCAGCAUUACCAGAUAUGGAGAAGAUACACAAAGAUGCUCUCAUCAGAUGCAGAGUAUUUUUAUGUGAAACCUUGGAUCCGCAGUACUUGAUGGAUCAUCUUAUACAGGAGGGGAUAAUGACCGAUGAUAUGAAGGAUCACAUUAUGGGAGAAAGAACACGGCUAAGGCGCAUAGAAAGUUUGCUCGAUUUCAUUCCUACCCGUGGACCCACAGCCUUCGAUGCAUUCAUGGGCUCUUUGGAGAAGGACUAUGGGUUUGUUAUUGAGAAAAUCUACGAGAAAAUAAAUGAGCUCCAACAGCAGCAGCAAAGACGUCCGAAUCAACCACCAGGUGGCGCUGUUGCCAAUAACGCCCAUAUUUCUAGUAACCCAGGCACACGUGGGCCAGGGUCCACCCUCCCACCCCACCAGGUACCCCCCUACCCUGGGGGAGGCCAGAUGACCUCUGACCCUAUGGCAGGGGAUGCCAGGAGACCAGUGCAGGAAACCAGACAAUCAUUUGAUGCUGUUCCGACUAACUGGGUUGAACGGCUUCCAAAUGAGGUCAAGUUAAGACCCGUGACGGAAGCGGAGCUGUUUCAUAUAGCACAUCAUAUUGGCAACAAGUGGGAAAUGUUGGCUGCCCAGAUGGGGUUCUCGCGAGGAGAGAUCGACCACUUCCGCAUGUAUUGCCAGUUUGACCAAAGUUUACAGGCGGCCAGGAUGUUAAGCACGUGGCGGUCAAAGGAAUCCGGCAAUGCCACUGUGAUAAACUUGAUCAAACUUUUACAGAUUUCAUACGUGGAUGAGAGCGUUUACAGGGAUGUGUUUUGUUCUUGACAUCAGAGUUUCAACCUUUGUUUUUGAAUACCAGUACAAUUGAUUUUUAUAGACAACACUGCAAAGCUGCAUCGAUAAUGGAAAACGUACUAGUACAUUGCUUUAUAUAACCAUGUGCACGAUUUCUUGAGAUACUCAAUUGUAUUUUCACCAAUUUAGCAUCACAGACUGGUUGAGUGUUCUAUAUGUGUAAUACAAACGUCUUCGAAUGAAUUAAAAUAAUUUGUUUUAACAUUAAAACAUUUUACAUUAAAAUGUAUGAAGGGUUUUUCACAUCUAGUGGCGUACUUAUGGAAUUCAGUGUGUGCCAGUAAGAUUUAAGAGGUCCUUACAUAGAAUAAAAUGUCAUACAAA